AUGAGGGAGGUUGCAGCUCGCGUGUUUGAUCUUUUCCUUCAGUUAGAUGCUUCAGAUGAGCAGGCAGAAUUCGAGGUAGUGUAUACAUCUGCCCUACAAAGACGUAGUGGUGUGUCUCCUUCUUCUUUGUCUCCUUCUAUGCAUCAUCUUAUUGCUGCACUAUGGCGUCUUAAUCCUCCUCGCCUAUCAGCAGCAGCAGCAGCAGCAGCAGCAGCAGCAGCAGGAGAUGCAGAUACAGCAGCAGCAGCAGCAGCAGCAGCAAGAAGCCUGCAGCUACAGGUAGCUAAUGUAGCAGAGGAUCCAUAUAGAGGAAGGAUGGCGUUAGGUAAACUACAAGGAGGAGCAUUAAUACCAGGAAAGACCAUUGGUCUUAUUCGUGCUGCAGCAGCAGCAGCAGCAAACAGCAGCAAUAUACAUAAUCAUAUUAUUAAAGCUACAUUUACUGCAGUGUAUCGUUAUGAGGGUGUAGAACUAACACCUGUAGAUCCUUUGCUGCUGCAACAGCAGCAGCAGCAGCAGCAAAAGGGACUAGAGGGGCCCCUUGAUGGUGAAUUAGUAGUAGUAGGGGGCCUCUCACAAGAUGUUCGUGUUGGAGACUCUCUUGUUGACCUGGCGGCAAUAAAGGCGGAGGCACCAACAGUAUCUGUUUUAGUAAUGCCUAAUUCUUCUCCUCUUGCUGGUCAAGACAGCGGCACCCCUACAACUAUAUUAUCAUUAAGGGAGAAACUUAAGGCCCUUAUAAGAAACGAUAUAUCAGCAAAAGUAUCGGUGGGCCCUGGUGGUCUUUGUCUUAGCGGUAGGGGGCCCCUACAUUUAGCUGUAUUAAUUGAGAAUCUAAGAAGGAGUGGCUUAGAGCUUGCUGUUGCUGCACCGGAUAUAUUACCAAAGUGGGACGGAGAACAAUGGUUGGAGCCUUAUGAAGAUUUUGAAUUGACGAUUUCAACAGACGCGAUGGGCGCUGCACUCAGAGAAGUACAAACACGUCAUGGUUCUGUAACGGAUAUGAUAACAUUAGACUCUGGCGGUGCAUCCUCCUCCAGCAGCAGCAGCAGCAGCAGCACUGCCACCAGCAGCAGCAGCAGCAACAGCAACAGCAGCAGCAGCAGCAGCAGCAGCAGCAGCGGCACAAGUAUGUUAUUUUUUCGUGUUGCAACAAGAUUUUCUUUUGGAUUAAAGGCAGCACUAAUGGAGGCAUCAAAGGGAGCAGCAAUUCUUAAUUCUUCUCCUGCAGGUCUGCAUGCAUUAGUACCUGGGGCCCCUGUACCUAGGGCAGCAAGGGGCCCCCCUCCUAAUACAGUAGCAGGAGGAGGAGGAGAGGGUAUUGAUGAUAUAGAUGAUGAUAAUGAUGAUGCAGAGGAGCAAUUAUUAUUGCAGCAGCAGCAGCAGCAGCAGCAGCAGCAACGUAUACCUAAAGAAGGAGAAAAACAGCAACAUUCAUCAAGACAAGUAUUUACAGUAAAAAAACAAAUAGAAGAAAAACAAGAAAAACAAAAAGGAUUUCUUGUUGCUAUUGAACAAGGAAAGGCUACUGUUAAAGGUAUCUUGCAUGCACAGGAGAGAGGAGAGGUGUUUGUGUCUCCUGGUGAUGAGGUUUAUACAGGGAUGCUUGUUGGCCUUCACAAAAGACCCAAUGAUCUACCC